UAUGUAUGUUCGGUAGUUUUGCUGAACGAACCGAGUAACGAAGAAAUGUUUUCACGUGUAAUAUGAAACGAAGAAAACUAUUUAAGUUAUAAGCGUGCAGUGUUUAUAAUUACACACUUAAUUUCUUAGCGCCAAGGGUAAAUAGAACUCUUCUAACAAGACGGUAUGUUUGUAAGAGUCUGCUUGCGAAUUCUCACGGGGGAUGAAUGAGGAAGAAUUAUUGAAACGGUCUGCUGCAGAGCGAGAUAGAAUAUUUAGCUGCUAUGACCGUGGGAGAGAAAAUGGAGCAGAAAUUGAUCCUUGGGAAGAUCCAUCUUUUGAAGUGUAUCAUACUACAGAUAGAUAUGGAUUCAUACAUGACAAACGUUUGCCACAAAAGCCAGACCCUAAUGAAAUUAAGACUCACCGGGUGGAAAUGGAAAGAUUAAAAAAAUGGGAAAAAAUGACAAAACAGUGGGAUAGUUCUUCAACUAAGGAAAAAUUACGACGCAGAGUAUAUAAAGGAAUUCCUAAUAGAUUUCGUGGUCAAGUGUGGACAUUGUUAUUGGGUAUUAAAAAUUUGAAAAAAGAACAGACUGGUAAAUAUGAAGAGAUGUUACAACUUGCACGUCAAUGGUCUACUGAAAUAAGACAGAUCGAUGCUGAUGUAGCUAGACAAUAUAGAGAUCAUAUCAAUUAUAGAGAAAGGUAUAGCAUAAAACAGCGUUCUAUGUUUUAUGUAUUGGCUGCUUAUAGCAUGUACAAUAUGGAAGUGGGUUACUGUCAAGGAAUGUCUGUAUUAGCUGGAUUGCUUUUACUAUAUAUGGAUGAAGAAGAUGCAUUUUGGGGUCUUUCUGUGUUACUCGCAGAUAAAAAAUAUACUAUGCAUGGAUUUUAUGUUGAUGGAUUUCCGAAAUUAAAUCGCUUUAUAGAACAUCAUGAUAAAAUUAUGAAUAAAUUUUUGCCUAAAUUAAAACGAAAACUUGAUAAAUGUGGUUGCGAUUCUAUUCUCUAUGCAUUAAAAUGGUUUUUUGUUGUUUUCCAAGAGAGGACACCUGUUAGUCUUGGUCUUCGAAUUUGGGAUAUAUUUUUACUAGAUGGAGAUCGUAUUUUACCUGCUAUGGCAUACACAGUUAUGAAAAUGCAUAAACGUUUUCUCAUGCCAAUGGAAAGUUUGGAUGAAUUUUGUAAUUAUUUACAAAUUAAAUUAGAAAAAGAUUUUUGCUUUGAUGAUGAUACAGUAAUAAGUACUAUGGAACGUAGUAUGGAAGAAUUGAAACGUGCCAAGUUGGAUUAUCCUGGCCCUCCUUUACCACAUGAGUUACCAAGAUUUCCAUUUGGUACAUUUAAAGAACCUUCAUUUGCAAGCAAGGUUGGAAGACGUACCGAAGAGUUUAGCGAAGCACAACAUGUUAUGCGAGAAUCUAUAACACAACGUAGAGACUUGGUACUUGCUGAUGAUGGUAGAGAAAGUACAACACCAGUUGAACAAACGAGUUGUGGUCUUGGCGGAAGCAAAUUCUCAUUUGAUCCAAGUCUUGACGAUGGGGCCUCUCCCAAUGGCUCGCGCCGGUCAUUGGCAGAUACAUCUGUUACAUCAACAGCUGACCUUUCUGUAUUUAGUUCGGCGACACGGUCUCAAGCGUUAGACAAUAGUCUUGAUACUCAAAGUAAUAUUUCUAAUGCCAGCUCUGGUAGUGGUGGUUUACCCACACCUAGAGCAACAUCUCAUCAACCAAGUCCAGAUGUUGUACGAAUUUAUGUACCAUAUACUUCACUUAUGUCUGGUUCAUACAAAGACGAUCUUCCACGUACACUUCCGCGGUCUUUAGAAACCAAUAGAAUCCGCAUACGAGUUGAUCCUGAUCAAACGCCGAUAGUGGAAAAUCUGAAACCUUUUUCAUUAGAGAAUCCAGAAGUCGAAUUAGACUUGAAAUAA